AUCCAAACGACAUAGUUCAUAAAAGUCCAAAUCCAUCCGUGAAACAAACUUGAUGGAACCCAAAAUUUUAAUAUUCUUUAUCGAUGACCGAUUUUUGCUGAUUAAAACCUUGAUAAGUAGGAAUUUGCCUACACGUAUUUUUGCUGAUUAAAGGAUGACAAAUUACAGAAGGAUUAAGUCAAAAAAAAAAUACUAAUUGACACUCACCUUUCGAUCACCAUGAUCUUCACUGCCAUAAGAUAACAGAUAAUUGGAGUUCAUCAACAGAAGAAUGCAGCAAGCAAGAACAUGAACAAUGUGCAAAUGGCUGAAUGUUGUCACCAUUUUUAGUACUUAGCUAGCACUUGAAAAUUAUCGAUGAUCACACUCGUGUUUUGGUAUGAAAGACGACAGAUGUGUGUUAGUUCCAUGCGCUUUUAUACCCGUCAUUAUUUGAUAUAUUUUUUUACCCAAUAUGUGCCCCUCAUUGAAUUGAGUACAUAAUGUUUAUUACAAGAAGCAAAUAAGAAAAUCCUUUCCUCAUACAGUGCUCCUUAAUUAAUUUGUCGUGUAUGUUAUAUGAAAUUAGCUGGUUAUUUAUUUUUGUUCCAGAUUCUGUGUAGAUUCCAUGAUUGGUUACUGGUUUUUGGGAUCUUUGCACGAUACAUUGUAAAAUAAGGAAUAUUAAUGUUGGUAUUUAUCAUGUGUUGAUUCACUUUGCCAAGAUUCAUGAAUUUGCCUCAAAAGAAAAGCAAUGUUCGAAUACUUGAUUAGGUACAUUCAAUUGCGGAUUCAUGUUCUUGGUCCUCCGAUGCCUCGCAGAAAACGAUGGUGUCAUCAGCAUAAAGAAUGUGACUGACUUCACCACAGGCCAAGUCUUCAUUCAUACAAAACCCAGAGAUCAUACCUGCUUCUCUAAGUUUUUCAAGCAUCCAUUAUAGGAUAUCCAUGACCAACUUAAAUAGGAAUGGAGACAUAGGAUCUCCCUGCCGUAAUCCUUUUUCCAUCUUGAAAAAAUCCGCAGUUUCUCCAUUGACAAGAACUGAGAUGAAGGGAGAAGAAAUCAGUCCACGGAUCCACUGCUGAAAUUUUUUAGUAACACUCAAAACUUUUUUCACAUUAAAUUCCCUACAAACCAUAAGAAAAUAUAAUGACAAUAGUCCAAUUAGCUAAUAACUAGCUUCCGAAAUAGAAAGGAGAAGACUACUGCUUACCAAAGACAAAAAGAUGAUAUAUAUGUUCACCUCACGAAUCUAGCCCGUGACCAUUGGGUUACUCAACAUUAAUGUCAAUUCCGCUAGGCCAUUUCAGGUUUUAUGUUAUAACCCGCACGCUUUUUUAUUUUUAUUAAAUAUCUUUUUUGUUUAUACGUAUUAUCCUAACGUAGCUCCGCCCCUGAUAUUGAUGAUGACAGGCCCCAGGUUGAGGUUUCUUCUUCACGUAAUUACGGUUUCUUAAGUUUAUUAGAAUUACGUUUCCUUUUGAAACGAGCUCUGCUCAUUGAUUACACACAAAACGGAGAAGCUGCUAUUGAUCUAGGUUUUGAUUUCAUAGCUAGCUUCUGUUUUGUUGAUACUUAAUGCCGAUGGAAACCUCCUUAUUUAGAAAAGGGAAAAAUAAAUGAUAGUACUUAUGGAAACCUUAAUUACUACGUACAGUAAAGAAUUGGAAGAAAUUAAACCCCAACCUGUCCUGAUUACCAGAAGCCAUGCAUCAGUAUAUAUAGAAACAUUUGUGUUUGAUAUAUCCAAAGAGAUACGUACUUGACAUUGUGAUCUCUUGUUGUACAAGAAGAAGUUAUUAAGUCAAUCAUGGCGAGACCCGGAGGACGAGAAACGAGAAGGAAAACGUUGUGGGUGGCGGUGGCUAUCGUUAGCGUACUGGUCUGCGUAACUGCAACUGCAACACCUGUGAUGGCCCGUGACCUCCACGAUGACGACGCAGAUUCUUUCCUGAAAGUGGACCUUGCAAGAUGCAAAGAGUUAACGAUCAGGUACCUGCUCGGCCUGAACUGGCCCUUCAAUCAUGUUUGUUGUGCUGCAUUCGAUAGCAACUGGGAUGCCGCCAUUGUUAAACGCUUGAUCGCGCAUCAUAAGGAUCUCGAGGAGGACAUUGUGCGGAACAAUGCAAGCAUUGUCAAGGAAUGUGGCUACGCAUAACCAAUCCUGAAGAUCGACAUGUUAUGAUGUAUAACAAGCUGCUAUAUAUACAUAUACUAGUUAAAUGGCCCGCGCUCUGCUGCGAGAUCAUGUUUUUUUCGUAUAAUAGAUUAUACAAUUCUAAAUUUUUAUUGUUGGCUAAUUGAAAAUCUAAUGAGUUUGACAAAAGAAAAUUCCAACAACUUUUUUAUAUGAUAUAUUAUUAAAUUCUGAACUUUUAUAGUCAGCCAAUUGAAAGUCCACAGAACUUGACUAUUAAAAAUUACAACAAUCGUAUUUUCGUAUUAUAAGUUGUCCAAUUCUAAACUUUUAUAGGUGGUGAGUAUAAAAUCUAAAGAGGUUGAUAAAUGUUAGAAGCGUGCCUUCAUCUCUGCAAUUUUUUUAGUCCAACAUGAUCAGGUGUCCAAGACCAAGUAAAAUGUAUUAAUAAUAGCCUUUCUAUAGUAUAUACAAUACAUUAGGAAAAUGAAUUAAGACGUAAAACAGAAUUGGAUAAAUACAGUUCCAAGAUAACACCCAUUAACCUUUUUAGUUUACGUAUUAACCAAAAAUCACACCUACUUUCAAAGCAACUGUCAUACUUAUUCAAAGCGAAACAAAUGUAGCAGAAAACUAUUCGAAUAACCAAGAACUGGGUUUAGAGAAAUGCAUAAUCACAAUUCUUCUUUUAAUUAAGACUGCAAAGUAGUUGAAGGGACUUGGAAUGGAGCGUACAAAAAAAAAAUGGACCACGGAGCUCUCUAACCUUGAUCUGACUUUAGAAUAUAUCUGGACUCUUGCAAAAAAAGAGGGAAGAGAACUUAUCAUUAGCGAAAUGCUUUAGUUCUUAUUUGACUCCCCAACCCCAAUCGUUGCAGUCCGUAUUAGCAGUUUGAGACUGGUACUAAAACAGAAUAUGGAAGAUUCGCUGAAGAGGAGAAUAUGGACUCUUGCAAAACUUUAAUCUCAAAUGACGAUCAAGCCAGCAGUAGAUACAAUGAAGACGGAUAGCAACUUCCAUUUUGACAGCUCCAUCUUGCACUCAAUAUAAGUAAUGUUUUACCAAAUACAUAGUAAAUGCAAGCUGCAACAAUCCUUCCAUGGAAUAUCAGUUGAUGCUAAUCCUUCUUGAUUAUCAUUAGCAUAGAAUCGAUAUGGGACAUGCACAUGAUCAUAAGAACACCUUUCUAUGUCUCGUUUGCAACUGACCUGGAUCCAACUUGAGCAUCUUAACAGCCCCAACGAUUUCCUUGGACAUAUCCACGUACAGCUCUUGCUUGAUUCCUGGGGCCAAGUGUUUGGAGGAUGAUUAUGCACAUCAGCUAUUCAGUCAGUAGACAUUACAUCAGAACCAACCUAAGGAUUACUGGGAGGUGACGACUUCGCAUCACAUGGACCAAAGGUACCAACUUUAUAAAAAUGAUGAGAAAGA